AUGGGUCCAUGGGCCUCCUCACUGGGGAGGCAGAGUCCUCGCGUGGUCUCCUGCCUCGAGCACAGCCUGUGCCCCGGGGAGCCUGGCUUGCAGACAACAGCAGUGGUGUCCAUGGGCUCUGGAGACCAUCAGUUCAACCUCGCAGAGAUCCUGUCACAGAACUACAGUGUUCGGGGAGAGUGCGAGGAGGCCUCGAGGUGCCCAGAGAAGCCCAAGGAGGAGCUGGAGAAGGACUUCAUCUCCCAGAGCAACGACAUGCCCUUCGAUGAGCUGCUUGCACUCUAUGGCUACGAGGCAUCAGACCCCAUUUCAGACCGGGAGAGUGAGGGUGGUGACGUGGCCCCUGACCUCCCGGACAUGACCCUGGACAAGGAACAAAUAGCAAAGGAUUUGCUUUCAGGGGAAGAAGAGGAAGAGACACAGUCAUCUGCUGACGACCUCACCCCGUCCGUGACCUCCCACGAGGCCUCCGACCUCUUCCCUAACCGGAGUGGAUCUCAUUUCCUGGCUGAUGAAGACAAAGAGCCUGGCUCUUCUGCCUCCUCCGACACCGAGGAGGACUCUCUUCCUGCCAACAAAUGUAAGAAGGAGAUCAUGGUGGGACCUCAGUUCCAAGCUGACCUCAGCAACCUGCACUUGAACCGGCACUGUGAGAAGAUCUACGAGAAUGAAGACCAGCUGCUCUGGGACCCCAGCGUCCUCCCCGAGAGGGAGGUGGAGGAGUUCCUGUACAGGGCGGUGAAGCGGCGUUGGCAGGAGAUGGCCGGGCCCCAGCUCCCGGAGGGAGAAGCCGUGAAAGACAGUGAGCAGGCGCUGUACGAGUUGGUGAAAUGCAACUUCAACGUGGAGGAGGCCCUGCGAAGGCUGCGGUUCAACGUGAAGGUGAUCCGAGAUGGGCUCUGUGCUUGGAGUGAAGAGGAGUGCAGGAACUUUGAGCACGGCUUCCGCGUGCACGGAAAGAACUUUCACCUGAUCCAGGCCAACAAGGUGCGCACACGGUCUGUGGGUGAGUGUGUUGAGUACUACUACCUGUGGAAGAAGUCGGAGCGCUACGACUACUUCGCUCAGCAGACACGGCUGGGCCGGAGGAAGUACGUCCCGUCCGGAACCACGUGCCUGGCACAGGAGUGGCAUGGCUGCAGCCCGGUGCCUGUGGGCGGCCCCACCCUCUGUUGCAUUCUCUUCACAGACCCACUGAGUGUGGACGGCACGGCCGGUGGUCUCGGUGAGCCUGCAGUGGCCUCUGAUGGCCUCCCGUCCUCGGAGCCAGGGCCCUGUUCCUUCCAGCAGCUGGACGGACCCCCCGUUGGACCCCCGUCCCGUCAGCCUCCAGCCCUGGCCGACCCAGCCUCGUACUCGCCAGCUGUCGUCGCUCCGGAGGCAGACGCCAGCCCAAGGCUGGCUGUGGACUUCGCCCUGCCCGAGGAGCUGCCUCUCAUCUCCAGCCGUGUGGACCUGAGCGGGGACCCGGAGGGGACUGUGGCCCCUGCGCAGGUGGCUUUGUCGGUCACCGAGUUUGGACUCAUUGGCAUUGGGGACGUGAACCCCUUCCUGGCCGCCCACCCCACGUGCCCGGCCCCCGGGCUACACUCGGAGCCCCUGUCACACUGUAACGUGAUGACCUGCUGACUCCUGGCCGCGGGCGGCGUAUGCGGCCCAGACUGGACUUGGCACUGCCGCUGGGCCCGCCUCUGUCAGUCUUCCUGACCCCUUCCCCCGCCCCGGGCCUUGGGGUGGCACCUCCU